AUGUCCGAGGUAAAUUUGGCCGGCACGCCUCCUUUCAAUCACCUUGCCAUGAUCCCUUAUGAGCCCGUGAGCCCAGCCACGAGCAUAUGCCCAGCUGAUCACUCUACUCCGGGCUCUAUCACUGAUGAACCUUCGGCCUCGUGGCGAUCGAGCCUGAUUGAUGCUGAGCGUUGGCAUUUGCAGAAUGCCGAACAUUGGCAUGCGGAGGAGGCCCACCUUAUUGGGGGUGACUUCAACUCAAUCUUACUUGAGUCAGAACGGAAUAGAUCGGUUUUGGAUAGGAGACUAGAUAUGGCUGAGUUUGGUGCUAUGGUUUUGGAUUGUGGACUUUCGGAUGCCGGGUUCUCUGGGGCUAGUUCUUGCUAUACUUGGGAGAGCCCUUCAGGUCUUUUGGAGCGUUUGGACAUGAUUAUAUAUAACUCUGCUUGGCUAGAUUUACUGCCUUUUACGCAGGUUUGGGAUUUUCCGUGUGCUCAGACCGGGAUGCAUCGAUUACAUACGAAGUUGAGACGAUUGAAACAGAAGCUUCAGUGGUGGAAGUGGAAUGUUUUCGGGGGCGUGUUCAAGAAUAAAGAGAGGGCCGAGGUAGCUGUUCUAGAGGCCGAGCACAUAUAUGACUUGGAUCGAUCCCCCGAGAACCGUGCAAAUUUGAAAAAGGCCACUGCUGAACUUAUUCUCAUGCUCAAUAUUGAGGAGGACUUUUGGAAGCAGAAGGUAGCUUGUAGAUGGGCAUCUAAUGGAGAGAGAAACUCUAAGUUUUUCCACUCAUUAGUCAAGAAAAAGCGAUGUGUCAAUCGAAUCCACUCUAUCUCUCAUGGUGAUUCGGUUCUCACAUCUGCUCAGGAGAUCAAGGAUUCGGGCGUUGAUUUCUUUAGUAAGCUUCUUACCGAUGAUAUGCCUAGUUUGCUUGCGGUUGAUGAGUCCCUAUUUUCCGCUCCUCAAAGGGACUUUUCUUCAGUCUCUACUCGUCCGACGGUUGAGCAGAUCAAAGAUGCGUGUGAUGUUUGUGAAGCGGUUUGGGAUUUCUUCGAGGGUGGAUCUAUGCCUGCGAGCUUCACCGCUACCACCUUGGUUCUUAUUCCAAAGGUGGACUUUCCGACGGCUUGGACAUAUUUCUGCCCGAUUAGCUUGUGCAACGUGACUAAUAAAAUUAUCACUAAUUUACUUACGAACAAACUGGCACCUCAUUUGCCCCACAUUAUUUCUCCUUCUCAGAGUGGGUUUGUUCAGGGUCGUCUCAUUAGUGAUAAUAUUUUUUUAGCACAAGAGAUGGUCCACUCAAUAUCAAUUCGUUGUCGAAAUCCGAAUCUUAUUUUGAAGCUGGAUAUGGCAAAGGUUUAUGAUAGGGUUCAGUGGUGGUUCUUAUUUCGUGUACUCGAGUUGAUUGGUUUCUCGGCAAACUUGGUUGAUAUUAUUCGGCGAUGUGUUUCCUCGUGCCAGUUCUCUUUACUAAUCAACGGGGAGCUGACGGGGUAUGUCACUUCGUCUUGUGGUCUAAGGCAGGGAGAUCCGCUCUCGCCGACUCUUUUUGUACUUGCGGCUGAGUAUUUUUCGAGAGGUCUAGAUGCACUAUACAGCCGUUGCCCGAGCAUGUUUUAUUCUACAAGGGGAGGCAUCCCUAUAUCCCAUUUGGCCUAUGCGGAUGAUGUGAUGAUAUUUACCUCGUGCCAUAAUUUUGUCCUGAAGAAGCUGCGGGAUUUUCUCAAUCAUUACUGUCGGACUUCGGGUCAGUUGAUUAGUGUGCACAAGAGCACUUUCACAGUUGAUAGGGCAUGUUCUGAUGGUCAUCUUCGCACUAUUUCUCGGAUUCUCAGUUAUCCGAGAAAGGAUCUUCCUAUCAUUGAUCUUGGAGCUCCGCUAUACAAAGGGAGGGACCGGGGCAGUUUGUUUCAGACUUUGCUUGAUCGCAUGCAAGCCAGGAUUUCGGGUUGGGCUCGGACCGCUUUGGCUUUCGGGGGCCGUCUUGCCUUGAUCCGGAGUACGCUUUCGACUAUGGCUUUGCAUCUUGUUCAUGUUAUUCAACCUCCGCAGUACAUCAUUCAGCAGAUUGAGCAGUGCAUGGCCCGAUUUCUCUGGGGAUCUUAUGGUAAUCAGCGCCGGCCUCAUUGGGUUGCUUGGGAGACGAUUUGUCGGCCAGUUGGUGAGGGUGGCUUGGGGUUGAGGCGUUUGACGGAUGUGAUUGACCUCUUCACUUACAAGCUCUGGUUCCGAUUCCGUGCUCAGGAUUCUCUUUGGGCCCGUUUUCUCCGAAACAAGUAUUGCCAGAAUCGGUUCCCAGGUUCAUCCGUUGUGUAUUCACUCUAUAGCACGGUGUGGAAGCGCAUGUGCCGUGUCCGAGAGCGUGUUCAAGCUCAAAUAUUUUGGCGGAUUGGUCCAGGUCAUGUUUCUUUCUGGCACGACCACUGGUUUGGCGAUGGUCCCCUUCCGGGCAUUAUUGAUGGUGGUCGACUCACAUCAGUUCGUGUGGAGUAUUAUUUGGUUAAUAGUCAGUGGGAUCGAAACAAGCUAGUUGAGGAUAUUCGUUUUGAGUGGAUCGAUAGGAUUUGCUCGGUCCCAAUCUCUGGUGCUUCGGGUGAUUUGCCCAUUUGGAGAGCUUCUUCGGAUGGCAAGUUUUCCUUGACCUCGGCUUGGGCCUUGAUACGACAGCAGCAUAACCCAUACCCCUCUUCUUUGUAUAUUUUGGGGAUCUUGUCUUACUCCUACAAUUUCUAUCUUUCUUUGGCGUCUCCUUCUUCAGCGUCUUCCAGUGGAUCUCAAACUUCAGUCUCGAGUCACCUCUCUCGCCUCGAGUCUCUUGGCCUAUAUUACCGAGUCAGAACACCAACUCUCACACCUCAUCGAGUUGUUUGGCUUCCACCGGAUCCGGGUUGGGUGAAGCUAAACACAGACGGAGCCCGCAGAGAAUCCACCCAGAUUGCAGCUAUUGGCGGGAUUAUCAGAGCUUCGGACGCUGAGGCCAUACUUGCAUUUCACGAGAGGAUCUCUGCCCCGAGCAGUAUUGCAGCCGAGCUUGCUGCCCUUGCCUCGGGGCUGCGAUUUGUUAUUCAGAGGCAGUUCACUAGAGUUUGGAGCGAGCUUGACGCAGAAGUCGCUGUUCGACUUCUUUCGCACACGGACAAAGGUCAUUGGAGUCUUCAGAGUUCUCUCACGGCGAUCCGGAACUCUCUUUCUACUUUGGAGUAUAGGAUUACGCAUAUCUACUGGGAGGGCAAUACAGUCGCUGAUGCAUUAGCUAACUUGGGGUGUCAGACCGAGUUGGCUCGUACCUUGACAACAGCGGAGCUUCCCCGACCUAUUCAGCAGAUGAUUCGGAUGGACCAGCUUGGAUAUCCAUCCUUUCGACGACAGUCUCGCACAUAG